GUAUCUCCAGUUAUUAUGCAGAAUAUAAAGCCAACGCAGUCUGCAACAAACCCGCACGCGAGGAACAUGGAAUGUUGUAACCUAUACACAAUCGCUCUAAUACUAUUCGUCGUUCUCGUGAUAUACAAAUACCUGACCAGAAACAAUGGCUACUGGAAAGCCCAAGGGAUUCCGGAGGCUAAAGGAGGAAUUAUCGGAAUUGGUCACGUCUUGGACCAACUUCUACUGCGAAAAAACAUGGGAAUGAUGUCGGACGUCUUCUACAAGGCUCAUCCCCACGACAGCAUGGUGGGUAUCUAUGUGGCUCAAACCCCAGUACUCGUUGUGAGACACCCGGAUCUGGUGAAAUUCAUUCUCAGCAGUGGAUUUACCUACUUCAGUGAUAAUAUAACUCUUGACAAGAAAACCGAUCCUCUUCUGUUCCACGAUCCAUUCUUCCAGAAUGGCCAGGCCUGGAAGGACGCCCGGGGGGUAUUCGUCAGUGCAUUUUCAGCAAAGAAAUUGAAAGACAGAAUUCCAGCGAUCAGUGCAACGUGUGAAAAAUUGGUGAAUUAUCUGCGAGAAGAAAUCGGGAAGAAUGGAUCUAUCGAGCUUGAGAUGAAGGAUUUGUUUGAAAAGUAUACGUUAGAAGUUGGAGCUAGUGCAGUCCUGGGUAUCGAUGGACACACAUUUAUUGAUAAAAUUGAGCCCUAUUCCCUCCGCAACAUGAUGCACAGUAUGUUCAAAAUAACGGAUUUAAUAGGAUAUGGUCAGAACUUGAUAAUAUUGUUGCCAGCAUUGGGAAAAUUAUUCUCCACCAGUUUUGCACCAAAGUGGGUAAACGUUCGCUUCAAGAGAAUGGUAGAGGACAUAAAAGCCAUGAGAGGUGGUGAUAAAACAUCGAGAAACGAUAUUUUACAACAUAUCAUCGAUUAUCUGAGGGAGAAGGGCCUGGACAGCGAUGAGUUAGCUGCUCAUGCAUUCAGUUUUGUCGUUGAACAGUACGAGACAUCGAGUUCAACACUGGCACUCAUGAGUUACUAUGCAGCGAAGUAUCCAAAUGUCCAAGACAAGAUGAGGAAGGAGGUUGAGGAGAUCCUGAAAACUCACGGAUCCAUCUGCACCUACGAAGCAAUCAACAGUAUGACGUACAUCGAACAAGUUGCGAAGGAGUGUUUACGAAUGUUCACACCUGUUGGACGAAUGUCAAGAUUGUGCUCGAAGCAGGUGACUCUGGAGGGACCCGAUGGCCUCACCUGCACCCUUCGACCAGGGACAGAGGUCUACAUUCCUGUAGCAAGUCUUCACAAGGAUUCACAGUACUGGGAAAACCCAGAGGAAUUCAUGCCGGAGAGAUUCGAUAAAGACUACGAAGAGCAGAGACACAAAUUUGUGUUUCUGCCCUUUGGUGAAGGGCCUCGUAUGUGCCCUGGCAUGAGGAUGGGCUUGCUUCAAGUCAAAGCUGGAAUGGCCGCUAUUUUGAUGAACUACGUCAUGGAAAAAUCGGAUAGAAUGAAUGAGCCUGCUCGACUCGACCCCAGAUACUUCCUGACAGCAAUUCACGGGGGCGUCUGGGUUCGUUUGAGGUCGCGCACUCAUUCGAUCUUUGGUGUAUUCACUUCACACUCUGAAAUGAUAGGCUACGUGAUCAAUCAACACCACUUCAUCAUCGUAGCCAGAACCGUCGUUGCAUGUGAAUCGUGCAGGAAAAUAAGUACAAUGGAGUGGGCCUACAAUAUCGCGAUUGCUCUCGUAGUGGUAUUCAUUCUAUUACUCUAUCGUUACUUAACCAGGAAUUAUGGUUAUUGGAAAGCGAGAGGGAUUCCUGUUCCUCCAGGAGUGCUGCCGGGCGUUGGGCAUCUGCUACCGAGCUUCAUAAUGAAAAAAUCAAUCAUCACUGUUUUGGAGGAUAUUUAUCGAGAUUAUUCCAAGAGCAGUAUGGUUGGUAUAUACAUGAUGGGGGAACCAGUGUUAUUGAUAAAGAAUCCAGAUCUGGUGAAGACUAUUCUACAAACUCAGUUCAAUAAUUUUCGUCAUCAUUCAACAAUGGAGGGUGAUUUCAAUCCAUUGAUGGACCAAAAUCCGUUCGCCUUGAAUGAUCAGAAGUGGAAGAAUGCCCGCAGUGUUUUCCUUUCCACGAUGACAUCCAGGAAACUAAAGGCACUUUCGCUCAUUCUUCGUGAUGGUUGUUCAAAAUUUAUUAAAUAUUUGAAUAAUGAAUUGGAGGGAAAAAGUAGCGUAGACUUUGAUGGCAAAGCCCUAUUCAAAAAAGUGACCAUCGAGGUAUCCGCCAAUGCUGUUCUGAGUAUUGAAGAGGGAAUGUUCAAUGAUAAUUCUCCCCCGAUUUUCAAGGAUAUCAUGGAGGCCGUUUUCGCACCCACAAUCGGACAAACCAUCCGAGUUGUCGUAAUAAUGUUGGUUCCAUCAUUGGAGCGUGUUUUAAAAUUAGGUUUUGUGCCUGAGUGGGUCACCAAACGGUUCACCAAAAUUCUGGACAAUUUAAUAGAAGAGAGAGAAAGUGGAAAGAUCAAAAGAGACGACAUCCUUCAGCAUCUUAUCGAGUAUCGGGCUGAGAAAAAUCUAUCGCAAGCAUCUGUGACAUCUACGGUAUUCGCCUUCUUCCUUGAGAGCUAUGAAACAUCGAGCUUGACCAUGAGCUUUCUCGCCUGUGAUCUAGCGCAGUAUCCAGAAGUUCAGGACAAAUUGAGGGAGGAGAUCAACUCAGUAGCCAGUAAAUUUGGAGGUGAAAUUCCGUACGAAGCUAUCAGCGAAAUGAAUUAUUUGGAUCAGGUGAUGUCUGAGUCAAUGAGACUUCAUCCUGUAGCGGGAUUUUUGCGAAAAUUGUGCUCCGAGGAGACGGAAUUAGUCGGCCCGGAUGGGCUUCGAACUAAGAUGAAACCUAAAGACGUGGUUGUUCUCCCAGUAUAUGGUUUGCAUAAAGAUCCUGCUUACUGGGAUAGGCCUAAUGAAUUUCGACCAGAGCGUUUUGAUAAGGAGUCCGAGGAAUACAAGCAGAGACAUAAUUAUGUCUAUCUUCCAUUUGGAGAGGGGCCCAGAAUGUGUCCGGGAAUGAGAAUGGCCAUUAUGAUUGUCAAGCUGAUUAUCGUGAAUCUUGUGAAGAAUUUUGUCAUUGAAAAAUCGCCGAAAUUGCGAGAACCCGUGGUGUUGGAUCCUAUGAGCUUCCUGCCGUACAUCAAAGGAGGUGCCUGGAUACGAUUGAGACAUUUGACAUAAUUACGGACAAGAUACGUCCUUCUUCUUUUUCAAUACGUCUCACCGAAAUGAAAUGGACGUCAAAGGACACUGAGACGAAAGUUGAACAGAAGAAUUGAUUUCAUUGUAUUCAGAGACUGACUUUUACUCAAAUAAACCUCUCUUGUUCAAAAUAAAGCUACAUAGACACCAGAAA